GCGGCUGGUGGGGGUAGGGGGUGGGAUCUGAGCGCCUAGUCCAGCUUGGCACCUCGGCCGGAUCCGACCCCCUGAGGGCAGCAGCACCAUGGCCAGCCCAAGAACCAGAAAAGUUCUUAAAGAAGUCAGGGCACAAGAUGAGAACAAUGUUUGCUUUGAGUGUGGUGCGUUCAAUCCUCAGUGGGUCAGCGUGACUUAUGGCAUCUGGAUCUGCCUGGAAUGCUCUGGGAGACACCGUGGGCUUGGGGUGCACCUCAGCUUUGUGCGCUCUGUAACAAUGGACAAAUGGAAGGACAUUGAACUUGAGAAGAUGAAGGCUGGUGGCAAUGCUAAGUUCCGAGAAUUCCUGGAGGCGCAGGAGGACUAUGAGCCUAGCUGGUCCUUGCAGGACAAGUACAGCAGCAGAGCCGCAGCUCUCUUCAGGGAUAAGGUGGCUACUUUGGCAGAAGGUAAAGAAUGGUCCCUGGAGUCGUCACCUGCGCAGAACUGGACCCCACCUCAGCCCAAGACGCUGCACUUCACUGCCCACCGAUCCUCUGGCCAGCCACAGAACGUGACUGCCUCUGGGGACAAGGCUUUUGAAGACUGGCUGAAUGAUGACCUGGGCUCCUACCAGGGGGCUCAGGAGAAUCGCUAUGUGGGGUUUGGGAACACAGUGCCACCUCAGAAGAGAGAAGACGACUUCCUCAACAAUGCUAUGUCAUCCCUGUACUCGGGCUGGAGCAGUUUUACCACUGGGGCGAGCAAAUUUGCUUCUGCAGCGAAGGAGGGUGCUACAAAAUUUGGAUCCCAAGCAAGUCAAAAGUUUUGGGGUUACAAGCAGCAGUCAGAGCCGGCUUCGGAGUUGAGCCACAGCCUGAAUGAGAAUGUCCUCAAGCCUGCACAGGAGAAGGUGAAGGAGGGAAGGAUCUUUGAUGAUGUGUCCAGUGGGGUCUCUCAGUUGGCAUCCAAGGUCCAGGGAGUUGGCAGUAAGGGAUGGCGUGAUGUCACUACUUUCUUUUCCGGGAAAGCGGAAGACACUUCAGACAGACCCUUAGAGGGCCACAGCUACCAAAACAGCGGAGACAACUCCCAGAACAGCACCAUAGACCAGAGCUUCUGGGAGACCUUCGGGAGUACUGAGCCCCCCAAGGCCAAGUCCCCAAGCAGUGACAGCUGGACCUACGCAGAUGCCUCAACAGGGAGGAGGAGCUCGGACAGCUGGGAUGUUUGGGGCUCAGGUUCUGCAUCAAACAACAAGAACAGCAAUAGCGAUGGCUGGGAGAGCUGGGAGGGAGCCAGUGGGGAGGGCAGGGCAAAGGCCACCAAAAAGGCAGCCCCACCUGCGGCCACCGACGAGGGCUGGGACAACCAGAACUGGUAGGAGCCUUGCUGCACCCUGACCCCAGCCCUGCUGGGAGCCUGCUGUGUUUGCACUUUCCCCUUCCUGGUCCUCCUUCAUUUGACCUCAGUGUGAAGACAGUGGCUCAGGCGGGACUUGAGUCGGUGCUGCCUGCCUGACGAGGGGUGGCUUCUCUUAGGCCUCAGGGGACAU